AUGACAGCGAGCGUCCGCGGUGACGUACCUGCGUACGGCCUCAGCGUCCGUGGUGACGUACCUGCGUACGGCCCCAGCGUCCGUGGUGACGUACCUGCGUACGGCCUCAGCGUCCGUGGUGACGUACCUGCGUACGGCCCCAGCGUCCGUGGUGACGUACCUGUGUACGGCCCCAGCGUCCAUGGUGACGUACCUGCGUACGGCCCCAGCGUCCGUGGUGACGUAGCUGUGUACGGCCCCAGCGUCCGUAGUGACGUAGCUGUGUACGGCCCCAGCGUCCGUGGUGACGUACCUGUGUACGGCCCCAGCGUCCGUGGUGAUGUACCUGUGUACGGCCCCAGCGUCCGUGGUGACGUACCUGCGUACGGCCCCAGCGUCCGUGGUGACGUACCUGUGUAG